AUGAAUGAGGAGAUUGCUAAGAGUUUUUGGGCUUCUUCGGAGGUUGGUUAUUCUUACUCGAAUUCGAGAGGUAGAUCGGGGGGUUUGCUUUCCUUAUGGAAUAAUGAGAAAAUGGAAGUUUUGUUUAGCUUCAAAGGUGAAGGUUUCUUGGGGAUCAAAUUGAAGUGGGAUCUUAACCUUUAUUACAUAAUUAAUGUGUACUCUUCUUGCGACUUUCCCAAAAAGAAGGCUUUGUGGGAGGAUCUUUUAUCCUUGAAGGAAAAGUACAAAGAUGGUGAGUGGAUUGUGGGUGGGGAUUUUAAUGCGGUGAAGGAUGGAAAGGAAAGAAAGGGUAAAGGAGGUUUGGUUAAUAAUAGGGAGGCGGAAUUAUUCACGGAAUUCAUUGAUAAAUCUUCGUUGGUGGACAUUCCAUGCAACGGGAAAAAAUACACUUGGUUUAGUGGAGAUGGUAAGGCGAAAAGUAGAAUCGAUAGAUUUCUUUUGUCUAGUGUUGCUAUCAAUAGAUGGGGGGUGGUUGGACAAUUGAUUGGGGAGAGAGAUAUUUCGGAUCAUUGUCCGAUAUGGAUUAAGACGGAUAUUGCCAAUUGGGGUCCUAAACCUUUUAAAUUCAACAACGAAUGGUUCUCUUUGGAUUCUUUCCUACCUUUUGUGGAGAAGGAAUGGAAAAGUAUAGAUGUGGAAGGUAGAGGUGAUUUCGUCUUGAAGGAAAAGCUUAGGAUCUUGAAAGACAAACUUAAGGUGUGGAAUAAAGAGGUGUUUGGGAAGAUAGAUUUGGAAUUAGAAGAGUGUGUGCGCAAUAUUAAUUUAGCGGAUGAAAAGUUGGAUUCGGUUUCUAGUCCUUCUUUUAUUGACAAUCUCGACUUGAGAAAGGAGGCUAGUGGUAAUUUUUGGAAGAACUUAAGGAUUAAGGAGAAUAUGAUUAUUCAAAAAUCUAGAUCUAAGUGGCUUAAAGAGGGAGAUGCUAAUAGCGGUUUCUUUCACAAGGUGAUGAAGCAAAGAAGAAGUCAAAAUCAUUUAGGCCUGAUUCUUACAUCCGGAGGCUUGAAAGAGACGGUGGAUGAUGUAAAAGAAGAGGUUUGGAACGAUUUUGGUUUUAAAUUCUUGGAAACGGAUGGGGUUAGACCGGUGUUGGAUGGUAUCCCUUUUAAUGCCAUUAGUGCGGAAGAAGUGGUGAAUUUAUAA